AUGAAACGCAAUCUCCUACUCUGCGUAGAUGCCUUUGGCACGUUAUUUCGACCCCGAAGCCCCAUUGCCGAACAAUAUGGUACAGUAGCCAGAGGCAUGGGUGUCAAGAUCUCCGAUGAUGAAGUAGCGAAAUCAUUCAGAAGUGCAUUCAAGGAAGUUUCAAAGGCAUAUCCGAAUUAUGGCAAAGCUACUGAUAUGGGAGCUAGACAAUGGUGGACAGAGGUCAUCAACAAAACAUUUCAACCUCAUCACAAAGGUCCUCUGCCCUCUGAUCUGGUACCGAAUCUUAUCCAUCGCUUCUGGAGUCAAGAAGGAUACACAGCUUUCCCUGACGUUCUUUCGUAUCUCCAAAGCCUCUCGACUCAGCCUGCACGUCUCGCUUCCGCUUCCCCUCGCUUGGUGGUCGGUGUGAUUACAAACUCGGAUGACAGGGUACCCGACGUUCUGUCAUCUCUAGGACUACGAGUACACCAUUUACGCCAUGGAUCAAAGGUAGAGCAUAUCAGGCAGACAUCAGAACCCAAGGAUAUUGAUUUCUGCAUCAUGUCUUAUGAUGUUGGGUGUGAGAAACCAGAUACCCGUAUCUUCGCCGCGGCAACUUCACUGCUAGAAACGAUACUAGCAGCUGAAGGGAGCAAGUUCGAACAAAAGGACUGGGAACUGUUAUAUGUUGGUGAUGAGGUGAAGAAGGACGCCCAGGGAGCCAUCGGUGCCGGAUGGAAUGCGGUGAUUGUAGACCGAGGUGGCGAAAAGGAUAUGGCUUAUGAAGGCGAUGCACCUGGUGUGGAGGGUUUCAUGGAGGUGCAGGGUAAACGGGUGACUAUACUGGAGGAUUUCAAGGCUUUGGGAACAUAUGGCGGUCAUGACUUGCUGUCUUUUGACUAA